AGAGAGGGAGAAAGAGGGAGAGAUCUGCGCCAGCAACUUGUCAGUAACAACAACUGCUGGAUUUAAUAAUGCUUCUGUCUUUCAAAGAUAGUUUAAAGUUUAAAUUCCUUGGAAACAUCUUUACGGACUACAUUUCAUCACAAGCACGGCCUGCGACGGGAUUGAACAAAAUUGUUUACCUAACAACAACGAUGGCGAAUCUUUGCAAGUUCACCAGAACUCGGAGAAUCAAGAUGUGUUUGGUUUUUCUGGUACUCCCGAUUGCGUUGUGCGUGGUGACUCUAAGCAUCCUGACAUUUGGUUCAAUGCCCAUGAUAAUCGCGCCACAACACAGCCACAGUUCUUCAACAACGCAUUACUUACGUCACUUCCGCUCGAUAUUUAUACUUGAUGUUGCAAAUCAUGACCUGGCACUUGAUCGUCAAGGGAAGCCCCUUAGUAUAUCCUCCUCUGACGUAAGGACUGAGAGUAGAGCCUCUGCUGUUAACAAUAAGUUGAUUGUAUGGUACAACAUGCCUUACUGGAUUGAGAAAAGGUCGUAUGCUGAGGUGUUUGGCCACUGUCCAGUCAACACGUGCAACUUGUCCACAAACUAUGGUGCGGAUAGAGCAGCUGGCGACGCUGUGGUGUUUCACGGCUCUCUAUUAGAUAUACCAGUGCCACCUCGAGCUUUUCCUGACCAGGUGUACGUCUUCCACAUGUUAGAACCGCCGCCGAAACUUUGGUUUGGAAAGCAAAAAAAUCUUUCAUGGAACUCAGCUUUUAACUGGACAUGGGGCUACAGGCAUGACGCAGAUAUAAGAGCGACAUACUUUUGUCUGGAACAUUCCAAGCAGUUGCCAACUAUUAGUUUCCUCAAAGAUUUAGUUCGAAAGAAGGAAAAGGCUGCGGCAUGGUUUGUUUCUAACUGCCACGACCAAGCCCAGCGACUACGUUACGUUGAGAGACUGAAAGAAGUUCUCCCUGUGGACGUAUAUGGACGAUGUGGGACUCUGAACUGCACAACCUGGGCCAGAGAAUGCGAAACCAUGCUUACCAAGUAUUUUUUCUAUCUUUCCUUCGAGAACUCUUUUUGCCAGGAUUACGUGACAGAGAAGUUUUCUCGAGCCUUCUUGAAGGAUGUGUACGUGGUUCCUGUUGUGCGCGGCGAUCUGAACUACUCUCACCACUUUCCUCAAGGAAUUUUUAUCAACGCCGAUGACUUUAGCAGCCCAGAAGAACUGGGGAUGUAUCUGAAAAAGCUGAUGAACGACGAAGACGCCUACAUCGACAUGUUGUGGCGAAUCGCUCACUUUGUCGACUUGGACUCUUACAAAAACCCAUACUACUACUCGUGGUGCCAGCUGUGUGACAAGCUACACAGGCUGCAGGACAAUGCCAAGACGUAUCCAGACGUCUUUGAAUGGUACGAGGAUGGGACAUGCCGACCGCCAAGGGAAUUCUAGAGCUUGGUACAGUUGGUGGCAUACACGGAUGAUCGUGCCAUUCUGGCAGAACAUUUUUCUUUUUGUUUUUUCGUUCAGACGGCUGCUCAGAAUCAACAGGCAGCUGGAACACUCGACCUUUUCAUUGUCAAGUGACGUCCCGAUCACAGUAAACAGGUGACGCAUCUAUCGUCGACAAAUGUGGAAUAAAACAAAGCGAACCAUAUGAUCGUGAAUGUCAAGUGCAAGAUUAUACGGUUGUAAACUUCUGUUGCUUGCUUACACCAUGAAUUACUUGUGUGAGAGAGAUUGAGAGAGAGUAUAAUAAGAGUAGAUUGAAAGGUCCAAUUAAGCGCACAAUUUUGUUAAUUAUGGUUGUGUCAAACUCGAUGCAAGGUCCGUAAACGCCCAAGCGUACAAACGUGUGGAUAAUGCAUAGAUACAUCUUAAUUACAAAUCGUAUGACGUGUCGAUUUUGACCUCUGUGUUUUCCUCCGUGUACCUCUCCUUUAAACGUGCAUUGAAAACGCACAUCUUCGUAAACUUCACUCCUUGGACCUUUUCCACACACUGCCUUUUGCAGUUACUCUCUGCUCUUGUUCUUGUUAUUGGUUCCUCUUUGUGUUUUCUCUUUUUGAUGUUAUUCUUCUUUUAGUACGGUUGUUUAUUCUUUUAUAGUUCAUAUGUUAUAAAAAAUUUAUCAGUAUCUCAGUAUUUAAAAGUAAGAUCUAGAGGUAAUUACCUAAAUUUAUUGAAUUUUGUUCCUUUUUUUUCCCAUUGUAUCAGGCAAUGCAUGGCUUAACUAAACCUGGUCACAAAGUUUGAGUGAAAGAGUUUUGAAGUAUGAAUUUCACAGAAAAUGUUUUACAUUUUAAACUAUUAAUAAAAAAUUGGCAAAAGGAUGGCGCAUGAUCUUCUUUCUAUUUCUUUUUAAACUACACUCGGUACUGUAGAUUUACAUGGGGAAAAUGAUGUGGACAUUGUUCUAAGGGAGAAAACUCUAGAAAUAACGAUUCAUCGUGACAAUGGCCAGUUUACUUCCCUUGGAAUAUGAAGCGAGUAUUGUCUUCUACUUCGCUUAGUCACAUCUUUUGCUCUGAAACCAUUUUUCUGUUUGUUUAUUUCAACGAAUUUCCC